AGCUCGGAAUUGAAUGAGGCAUGGUUACCUGGGGAAACUGUCAGCUGUAACCCGAGAAAAAAGAAAAACACGACGGCCAAAAAUACGAAGAAGAAGACCCCAAUGUUUUGCGAGUGAAACCAAAAGUAUUUUGUGGAUUCCGCUAAACCACUCCAAGAACGAUGCGCAUUUCUUGAUACUCACCGAAAGCCAGCAAUCCAUCGUAACGACCGUCAAACAAAACAGCAAAAAAAAAGGAAAGGAGACCUCGGCCACCGUCUGCCGACUUCACGGAAGACUAUCGCUGAACCGCGCUGGAUUGAAUCGACCUCGAGAUACACCGGCUAGUAGGCACGAUGUACUGCUUGCAAUGCCUGAUACCGGUGCUGCUCAUCCCGAAACCCACGAAUCCGGCCCUGAUGCAGACGCACGUCAUGUUUAUCGUGCUCUACCUGAUCGGAUUCUUUCUGGAGCGUAAACCGUGCACCAUCUGCAGUGUCGUCUUCAUCAUGGCCGUCUUUCUGAUCUGCAACAGUGGCGUCGGGAACUGUCUGUUCUGGGGCAACUGCGAAGGACAUACGUGUGAGAAUGGAUAAGUUCCCGGUGGCAGACACGCCGUCUUCUCUUCCGUAGUCCUUGCAGUCUGCUUCUGUUUCUGUUUUCUAUCGGUUUGUCCUCCUUCUUUUCCUUUUGAGUUACGGCACAGAUGAAUUGUGAAACACGGAAAAACGGCCAAAGACGGAGCUUGCUGCUGAUGCCGACCAACCGCUUGCCCGCACACACCAGCGUUACACGCGCUGCCAAAACGUACUCGGUAAAUGCCACAGUCGAUAGUAAUAUUUCGUUUUUAAAUUGUUAAUACCCGUUUGUUUCGUUACGUUAUCGAUAUCGAUGUUAGUCUGCGUUUUUUAACAUAUUAGUGUAGUAGAGAGUGUGGAGUAGGCCACGACGCAGUAUAGAGUUACGAUUCAGUCUCGAGAAACGCAAAAGACUGCAGACGCAGCAGACGCAGGAUUCGAUCUAAAACACACAGGCUACUAUGCUCCCCUAGCGGUUGUGCUGCUCCCGGUAUUAAUAGCGCCUUUUGCCGGGACUGCAAAAACACAAGUGAUGUUAAACCCCUCCAGAACAGUUGAAACGAAAUGCGCAUAUGAAGUCCCAGGAUCCCUUCUAGUGGGGGGGAGCGAAAUGAAAUUUGUAAUUGAAUCAGAAGCGUUCGCCGUAAGCCGCCAUCAUGUAGUGAUGCAAGUUUUACGUCGAUUUACUCAAUCUUAUCCGGCUAUAAUGUUUGGUGUCGAUGAUAUCAAUUAGUGCGCAGUUAUGCGCUGCGCCGCACGGGACAUCGUUAUCUUGUUCCUUGCUAACACAAGGCAAAUGGCAAAGAGUAUGCGCCCGCAAAGAUCGAUCGAAGCAAUUUUAUGAUCACACAAAACAUGUACAGAAUUAGAAGGAAGCUACCCGAAUACGCUUCUAGGAGAGAAGGACUUAACGAGAGGUAGGGCAGGAAUAGGAGGAUGAUCUGCGAUCUGCGCUGUCGCUACUACGAUCCACAAUCACCCAACGGCGCAACGGAACAGAAGUCGAGCAAGUGCUGUAAAUAGAUAUGAACAUAAAUGUACUAUUUAUUUAUUUUUAAACAAUACUAGAACCCAUUUCCCCCCUUCCUCUAGGAUAGUGUGUUAAAACGAAAAUAAUAAAUUGAAAACAAAUUAUCACUCAGA